AUGCACGGUGGCGUGCUUACACCGAAUAUGGUCGAACUAGCGGACGAAGUUCGGCAACGUUUCGCCUUUUCGGCCGAAGUGCACUCCUUCCUGUUGCAUCGCCUGCGCCUGUUGGAGCAAGCUCUACUGGUAGAGCAGGGGCUCUUUUCCAUUGCUCUUGCCACCCUGUCAGACACGGACCGGGAGCCCAAUCUGCCUCAGGUUAUGGGGCUCACCUCCAGACUCUCCCUUAGCCUGGCCUCCAAGGGGCCGCAUAAGCAUAUCUCCCUGCCGCCGCAGAGCCGAAUCGCUGACGCUGUUCGCCACGCUGUCAAAGAGCUCCACCUUCUGCUGGAAGAUCUAUACGCAGAUCUACCAGGUCUUCCGGCCGUCCUCACCUGCGAUGGCCUCGAUUAUGCGCACCCCCGCUUUCUCUCCGUCAAUAAGCCGACUUCCAGCUCGGCCAGGACUGUGCCCACACCGCCUCCCACCAGUCGGGACAACUAUUCCCAUUCGCAGUUUUCGUCCUUGUUGCCUGCUGUUCACUCGAAUGCUCCUUCCGACAAAACACCCGUGGAAGGAGUCACUAAUUCCUCCAGGUCCUCGGAGGGACGUGGCGCGACCAGUUCGGCACCUCUCGAUAGGAGGAUGAUGAUCGGAUCGCCAUCGGCUCCUCAGGGUUUUGGGGCACAGACAGGACCGCUGGCCGUAGCGGUAGUCUCUCCCUUUCUGCAGAGCUCCCAGACCACCCGUGACCACAUUCCUACUCAGCAGGCGAAU